AGUUACGCCGAUUGGAACUCCGAUUUUUGGCAAUCGAGCUUCAAGAGAUCAGGCAAAAACACACACAAGAUAAGAUUAAAAUUGAAACAGCCGCGCUUUCCCCACUCUAAUUCUCUCGCUCUCUCUGUUUUUCUAAAAGGCUCAUGUUGGGUUCAUCUAAUUCUUCCAGAAAGAAGCAACAAGUGAAGCCAGAAAAAGAAUGGCUCUCGGUGAGUUUCAGACCCGAGAAUUUCAUACCAGGCCUCGUUAUUGGUUUCAUUGCUGGGUUCUUGUUGGAUUUGUCAAAACCUAGUAAAGGCAAUGCUAAGAAGGGCUAUUUUUUGCCUUCCAAGUACCAACAGAUAUCUCCAGCUUCAAACAACGGUGAUCAAGAGCUCAAAUUGGUACUUGUUGUGAGGCAAGAUCUGAAGAUGGGUUCUGGAAAAAUUGCAUCUCAAUGCGCUCAUGCUGCUACUGGCUUGUAUGCACAACUAAUGCAAAGCCACCGAAACCUUUUGAGACAAUGGGAGCUAUGUGGGCAACCAAAAAUAGUUGUAACAUGCAAGAAUCAACAAGAAAUGAAUAAACUGAAGGAUGCAGCUGAGAACGUUGGCCUCCCUACUUUUGUUGUUGCUGAUGCUGGACGCACGCAGGUUUCAGCUGGAUCAAAGACUGUUCUUGCCAUUGGACCUGGGCCAAAGGAGUUCAUCGAUGCCGUAACUGGAAAACUCCGCCUACUCUAGUCGGGUUGGAAUCAAGACAUACAGUCACACACGAUUUAAUCUAACAAUGAAUCCAUGUCGUUCUCCUUCAGCAUUCAUCUCAUUGAGGUCUCAAGAAGGGUUGAUGCACAUGGCGGCGGCCAAGUUGUAGCUGCUAGUAAGGAAGAAAUGCUCGGUUGAGUAUUGUUAUGCUGAAACAUCGCUUAGUUAUUGUUGUCAAUUGGUCGUAGUUUUGGAAUGUAGAAGUGACAUUUUCAGGAUGCAACUUUUGUUCUUGAAGACUAUUUUAAAGACUAAUUGGCUGCUUCAAAUCUUCUACGAAAAGUUAUCAAUA